AUGUUGAUCCCCCGCCUGACUCUAUUGUCACCUCUAUUCAACAUAAACAAAAUGACUCCUCAUAUGAUCCUUACCUCACCUAUUAACUCCCCUAAUAAGUUUGACUGCUUAGAACUUGAAGGUGGCCAUCUUGUAGUUAAGCUUGCACAAAACUCUGAGCAUCCACCUGGACCCUCAUUAGAAUUCACAUCUCUCUUAGCUCCAGCAGAGCAGAAUACUGUGAUAUCUAGUAAGGAGAUUGCAACCACCAAGAAGAAGAAAGUCAAAAAGAAGUCAACUGACCAUGGGAAGCAAAGGGUACCGGAGAUCCUUAAGCUCAGGAAAUCACUUUUCUUAUCAUUAAUCUGGCAC